GACGUCAUAAUCUCAGUCGAACACUUUCACUUUGCGCAGAUAUCGGAGCAGCUUUCCACCCAAAACUACAGUACACACGAUAUAAACUCUACAUUUCAGCCGCGUUUGACGGACUGCUAAAGGGUGCAGACAUAUACACACUUAUCCCUGCGUCUCAGCCACUUUGCUUCCAACACGGAGUAAGAAAAGGAGCCGUCAGCUACACGCCACUAGCUAACUUUGAAGCAACAAUGUUCUGACAAUCCAAAGUCAGCCGACGGUUAUCUGUGGCCUGUGACCUCCUGGCCUCUCAUCAUGGAGCGCACUGCACUCAGGCAGAACCAGAUGUGUGGCUCCUGGGAGAUGAAGGAGAGACUCGGGAUGGGAGGCUUUGGCCACGUCUACCUGUACCAGCACCUUGAGUCGGGAGAGAAGAUAGCGGUUAAACUUUGCCGCCUGGAGCUGAACUCCAAGAACAAAGACCGCUGGGGCAGAGAGAUUCAGAUCAUGAAGAAGCUGAAUCAUGGAAACGUUGUUCAGGCCAGAGAAAUUCCAGAGGAGUUGAGCUCCAUUGCUUUAAAUGACUUACCCCUGUUGGCCAUGGAGUACUGCUCAAGAGGAGACCUACGCAAGGUUUUGAAUAAACCAGAAAAUUGUUGUGGGCUAAAGGAGAGUGAAGUCCUCUCGCUGCUCAGUGACAUUGGCUCUGGUAUCCAAUACCUCCAUGAAAAUAAGAUCAUUCACAGAGACUUAAAGCCAGAGAACAUAGUGCUGCAAGAGAUUGGUGGGAAGCUUAUCCAUAAAAUAAUUGAUCUGGGUUAUGCAAAAGACCUCGAUCAGGGCAGUCUUUGUACAUCCUUUGUGGGAACUCUCCAGUAUCUGGCUCCAGAGCUGUUUGAGAGUAAACCCUACACUGUAACUGUGGACUACUGGAGCUUUGGGACAGUGAUCUUUGAAUGCACUUGUGGUUUUCGCCCCUUUCUACAUCACAUGCAGCCUGUACAAUGGACAAGUAAAAUCAAGAACAAAGGUCCCAAAGACAUCAUGGCUGUAGAGGACAUGAAUGGAGAAGUCAGAUUUUCAACACAUCUCCCUUAUCCAAACAAUCUCAGCAGGCCACUGCUGGAACCAGUCGAGUCCCUUCUGCAGACGCUGUUGCUGUGGGACGCUGCUACGCGUGGCGGAGGCCUGGAUCCCGAUACAAACAAGCCACACUUCUACACGGCUCUGCAGCACAUUCUAAGCAUGAAGGUGAUUCAUGUGUUGGACAUGACGUCAGCCCAGCUGCACUCUUUGAUUUUGGGUGCCGAGGAGAGUUUACACUCCUUACAGCUUCGCCUGGAGACGCACACUCAGACACACAUCUCCCCGCUGAGUCAAGAGCUGCUGCUGGAGACGGGGAUCUCCCUCGACCCACGCAGACCGCCUGCCCACUGUCUGCCAGAGGGAUUGCGAGGCUGGGACAGCUCCAUCGUCUUCCUGUUCGAUAAGAGCCUGACCAAGUACUCUGGACCUCUGACCGCCAGACCUCUGCCAGACAGUGUCAACUUUAUAGUCAGGGAGACUAAGACGCAGCUCCCCCUGUCUGCACUCAGGAAAGUGUGGGGGGAAGCAGUCAGCUACAUCUGCGGACUGAAGGAGGACUACGUUCGUCUGUACCAGGGACAGAGGGCGGCCAUGCUGAGCCUGCUGCGCUACAACACCAACUUAACGCGGUACAAGAACCUGCUGUUCUCCCAGUCGCAGCAGCUACGAGCCAAACUGGCUAUUUUUAAGACCAGCAUCCAGAAUGACCUGGAGCAGUACACCAGGCAGAGACACAUUGGCAUCUCUUCGGAGAAAAUGUUGAAGACCUGGCAGGAAAAUGAAGAGAAGGCCGAUGGGUUCUCGAAGGUUGCAGAGGUCGGGUAUCUGGAUGAGGAGAUAGUGGCUCUGCAUUCGGAGAUUGUGGAGUUGCAGAGGAGUCCAUUUGCAAGGAGACAAGGGGAUGUAAUGGAACAGCUUGAGGAAAAGGCUAUUGAACUCUACAAGCAAUUGAAAGCUAAAUGUAAAAGUCCUGACCCUCCACACGGCUACAGCGACAGCUCGGACAUGGUGAGGAUGAUCCUCCAAACUGUUCAGAACCAGGACAGAGUGCUUAAGGACUUGUACACUCACCUGAGUACAAUUCUUGUGUGUAAGCAACGCAUCGUUGAUUUGUUCCCUAAGUUGGAGAGGGCGGUAGAGAACAUAAAAACGGCAGAAGCUGCAGUGAUGCAGAUGCAAAUGAAGAGACAGAAAGAGUUCUGGUACCUCCUCAAAAUUGCCUGUGCCCAGAAUAACACUCCAACACAGUCACUGAUGCAACAACCCACCUACUGUGAAACUGUUUGUCAAUUACUGGAUGAGAAUCAGCGUUAUAUGAGUCAACUAACGUCUCUGCUGCAGGACGCCACCCAGGAGAUGGAGCACAGUAUCGUGGAUCAGGACUGGGGCUGGACUAAGUACGAAGCGGCAAAAGCCCAACCCAACGAUCUGUAGAAACAGACUCAGUAAUAAGAGUUAGAGAUGGAAACAUGUGCCUUAUCAGAGUUACACUUUCUCAGAGAUUCUGAAAGAUUCUUUUUAAUUCCAUAUUCCGUGAUUUUUUGUAAUGCCCUAAUACAACGUGUGCAACAGCAUGCUAUGGUAAGAUAUUCAUGUUUUAACUUAAAUGUAGUGAGUUUUAGCUGUAACCAAGACUUAUUUAUUUUACUUGUAAUAUUGAUUUGAGUUAAACAUUGCUGCUGAAACAACUGCAUGAUGGAAUGUGAAUAAAAUCACAAAUGUAU